AAUUGGUUAUGGGGGCUUAAAGACAGUGGGCUGAUUAAAGUAGAUUACUGGGGGGGAGAGGGGGAGAUGGUUUGCUGGCAUCUCACUCUGGUCACCACAGCGAUGGCUUCACCAUGGAAACAGCGCUGCAUCCUCCUCCUUCUUUUCUUCCUUCUCCUACAUCUGCAGUCAUCCACCUGCAUAGACAGACGACCUGCUCACAGUGCUGCUGAAUCUCCUUCACACAACGAUGGAGCGACACAGAGAGAAGAAGGAAUGUGGGCUGAGGAGAGUUUCUCACCUGAAGAGGAACCGUUCAGACCUCCGCAGACUCCAGAUGUUUCACGGAGGAGGUUACUUCAGGCGCCAGGAGCUGCACUUCCCUUCCCUCCCCUCAAGGUGUUGUUCAAUGGAGAGCCGUGCCUCCUGUUUCAGGCCCGCAAACUCUCUCUGCGCUUUGAGAAGCAGAAACAGCUCGACCUGACGGAGAGGACGUUCUCUCCUCUGAAACCUGUCGACACCAGCAAGUCCGUCUGCAGCCAGGAUAAGACGACGCUGGUCAUGAGGUUUGGGGAUGUGGAGGAUUUGAGAGAUCUGUCUGUCAGACUGCAGCUCUCCAACACCUUCUACGAGUCUUCAGGUCAGUGGUGGUUCUCCGUGGACAGCAUCUCUCUGACUUACAAUAAAUCUGAAGAGGCCGUUUUCAAUGCCACCGAGGUGUACGCUCCAGCCUCCUCCUCCUACCACUGCCUCCACGUCAGCAGCCUGCAACGCCACAGCGCCCUGCUGCUGCCCGACACCGACCACGCCCGCCGCUGGAGCAUCACCUUCACUAACUUCCAGAUUCAGGCGUUCAACGUCACCUCAGGUAAAUUCUCUCCUGCAAGUGACUGUGCCACUUUCCUGACGCCUGCCAUCCUGAUGGGUCUCAUCACGUCCCUCAUCCUGCUGCUGGUCCUGGCCUACGCCCUGCACAUGGUCAUCCACCUGAAACACAUUGAGCACGAAGAAGAACACAAGGCCCACGUGUACUUCCCAGCAAACUCUGAACACCCCGAACACUGCUGCGUGGAGAACGCUGCAGAGAAAAAUGUUCUGUAGCGAAGCCAAGGAGACAAUUAGAGACUGGAAAACACACAAACAGAUGACAACAUCUUCUGUUGUGAUAAAAAAGACUCAGCUCAGGAGUAGAUUUUUAUGAAUAUAUAUAUUUAUAUUAUUUUUUAUUUGCCUAUCAGUGAGUUUCUGUAUUUGUCUGAACAGAGAAUUUAAUAAAAAUAUUCAGAAUAUC